AUGCCGUUACCUAAUAUCAAACUGUCUCCUGCCCAACUACUUAUGGGACGUCGACUGCGAAACGAUCUGCCUGUGAUGGAAAGUUCACUUCAACCAGCUAACAAAAGCUCACAACGUAUUUCUAAAUAUUUAAUGAACACUAAAGAAGACAAGAAGAAGUACCACGACAAGCAUACAAGUAAGGAGGUGAAUGAACUUCAGCCUGGAGCUAAAGUCCGGUUAAAACUAUGGAUGUACUCCAGAGAAUGGAAACCAGCGACGGUAGUAAAGCAUCACCAUGGGGUGCAAACCGACGAUGGAAGAAAGUAUCGCCGCAAUCUACAGCAUUUGCGUAUGCGAGUUUGUCCAGCUGUUGAAUCUGACAGCGACGUCCAAACCAUUGCUCCAGCAGUUGAAAAAAAAUAUCAUCUCUCGAGAAUGCCGUUCCGUCGUCCGUUGGUUCCAACCACUCCACUUCUUCAUCGACCGUGA